AUGCCGGCCUUCCCCCGUUGGAACACGACUCACGAUGACUACCCCAUCACACCCGCCAUAGUCCCUAAUCGCCAACCUCCCCGCCUCACUCCCCGUCCGACGACGACAGCGACAGCUUCUCCCUCUACUUCCCACACGACUCCCAAACCCGCGUCCUCCUCGGAACCGCCUUCCGACGCCACGACAUCCGCCUACUUUGACCACUCCUCCGCCAAACGCGUCGCCACAGACCUCGUCGUUACCAAAGCCCUCAAAGCCCAGUACCCCAACCUGCAGCUGGUCGUCGUCCCCGAGCAAUUAGGCUACGGCGCCGCCACCUGCGACCUGCUCUCCUACGCCGCCGCCGGCUUCGCCUCCUACGAGCCCCUCGGCGAUGACGGCGGUAACGGCACCGACUCCCUCGAAUGGACCGUCUACCUGCCCCCCGCUCGCCGCAUGGACGGUAACCUCGGCGCUCUCGCCAACAGCAUUGUCUACGGCAAGUACCUCUACAAGUGGCAGGGCCACGAGUUCAUCGUCUAUCUUGUCGAUGGCCGCGACGGCACCACGGGCUAUGUCACAACGAAAAACUUCUACGUUCUCGCCCCCGAGACGUACCACGUCGACCGCCUCGUCCUCGCCGCCGGGUCAUGGAGCGAGGACCUGCACGACGAGGUCUGGGUUUAUGACCAAGGCUCCUGGCAAAAGAGCCGUGACCUGUUCGAGAGCACGAGGAACGCGUCGUGGGAGAAUGUCAUCCUCGACGCCGACAUGAAGAAGGCGCUGAUCGACGACCACCUGUCAUUCUACAACUCGCGCGAGACGUAUCAGAACCUCAAGGUCCCGUGGAAACGCGGUCUGAUCUACCACGGCCCGCCAGGCAACGGCAAGACCAUCUCCAUUAAGGCGACAAUGCGCAUGCUGUACGAAAAGAAGAUCCCCACGCUAUACGUGCGGACGUUGACAUCGUACGCUGGGCCGGAGUACUCGCUUGGACAGAUCUUUGGCAAGGCGCGUCAGUUUGCACCCUGCUACCUUGUCUUUGAGGACCUUGACACAAUUGUUUCGGACGAUGUGAGGAGCUACUUCCUGAACGAGAUGGAUGGGCUCAAGGCGAACGACGGUAUCUUGGUCAUCGGGAGCACAAACCACUUGGACCGUCUCGAUCCUGGUAUCUCUAAACGCCCAUCUCGCUUCGACCGAAAGUACUACUUCCCCGAUCCCGACCUCGAGCAGCGCGCUGCAUACUGCAAAUUCUGGCAGAAGAAGCUCAAGAGCAACAAGGAGAUUGAGUUCCCCGACAAGCUCUGCACUGCCAUUGCCAAGAUCACCGACAAGUUCAGCUUUGCGUACAUCCAGGAGGCCUUCGUUGCUGCUCUUCUCGCCAUCGCGCAAAAAGAGGAUGACCGGAAGAUUGAUGAUAUCGAGGCUCUGACGGAGCAGCUGGAGGACGACUGGCUCGGUGUCGUUGACGCUGCAGCUGACGAUGAGGGUCUGGACAAGCUUAUCCUGUGGGUCGAGAUCAAGAGGCAGAUCGAGAUCCUCCGCGAGGGCAUGGAGGACAAGAAGUAA